AAGUUGUUUCUAUAUUUCCCCAAGCAAAACUCCUCGCUGACUGAACGACGACACCCCCAACGGCAGCCCAUCGAAUCAGAAUCUUUGUUUUUUUCCUUUGGAUAGAAUCUUAUUUCCUCGCAGUCCUCGACCUCGUACGAGUGUCGUAAGGUCUAAAUUCUAUAAAGAUCCUUCAGCCACAUCUGCCCCGUACACCCACCAAAACCCUAGCCGCCGCCAAUCCAAAAUGGACGCCGUCGCAAAUCCACCGGUGCGCGAAUUGGAGGCGGCCUCCCUCUACGCUGACCCCACCCUGGAGCGCUCUCGCCCCCGCACCUUCAUCAAAUCGAUCGUCGCUGGCACGAUCGAGGACCUCGUCGGCAGGAAGGUCGUCGUCGGUGGUUGGGUCAAGACUGGGCGCGAGCAGGGGAAGGGAUCAUUCGCGUUCCUCGAGCUCAACGACGGCUCCUGCCUCGCGAACCUCCAGGUGAUCGUCGACGCGGCGGUGUACCCUUUGUCCCUGCUGGUGCCCACCGGCACUUCCGUGCUGGUCGAGGGCGAGCUCAAGAAGCCGCCCGAGGGUACUAAGCAGAGAGUCGAGCUCAGGGUGGAGAAGGUGCUCGAGGUCGGGCCGGUGGAUCCGGCGAAGUACCCCCUCCCAAAGACUCGGCUUACGCUCGAGUUUCUUCGUGAUUUCGUGCAUCUCCGCGCCCGCACCAACACGAUAUCUGUGAUUGCUCGAAUUAGAGAUGAGCUGGCUUAUGCAACCCAUACAUUCUUCAGGCAAAAUGGAUUUCGGUACAUACAUACUCCUAUAAUCACCACUAGUGAUUGUGAGGGAGCUGGUGAGAUGUUCCAAGUUACCACACUAUUUAGUGAUGCUGAAAAGUUGGCGAAAGACUUGCAACAGAAUCCUCCACCAUCAAAAUCUGAUGUUGAGGCUUCUAAGCUUCUUGUCAAAGAAAAAGGAGAAGUUGUCUCAGUACUAAAAUCGUCAAAGGCUAGCAAGGAUGAGAUAGUUGCUUCUGUUGCUGAGCUAAACAAGGCAAAGGAAAAUGCAUCAAAGCUUGAAGAAAGAUUUAAUUUGAAACCUGGGAUUCUUCAGAAGGAUGGAAAGAUUGAUUAUGCAACUGAUUUUUUUGGGCGUCAAGCUUUUCUUACAGUAUCUGGCCAACUUCAGGUUGAGACAUAUGCUUGUGCUCUUGGAAAUGUGUAUACCUUUGGCCCAACUUUUCGAGCGGAGCACUCCCACACAUCACGACAUUUGGCUGAGUUUUGGAUGGUUGAACCAGAGAUAGCAUUUGCCAAUCUGGAGGAUGAUAUGAACUAUGCUGAGAACUAUGUGAAAUUUCUUUGUCAAUGGUUACUUGAUAAUUGUUUGGAUGACAUGGAAUUUAUGGUCAAGAACUAUGAUAAGACAGCCAUAAAGCGUUUGAAGCUUGUUGCAUCUAUGCCAUUUGAGCGUGUUUCAUACACCAAAGCUGUAGAGCUUCUAGCCAAUGUGACAGACAGGAAGUUUGAGAACAAGGUGGAAUGGGGAGUUGAUUUAGCAUCAGAACAUGAAAGGUAUUUGACAGAAGUGAUAUUCAAAAAGCCAGUCAUUGUAUAUAACUAUCCAAGAGGCAUUAAAGCAUUUUAUAUGCGGCUCAAUGAUGAUCAAAAAACAGUAGCAGCUAUGGAUGUGCUUGUGCCCAAGGUUGGUGAACUGAUUGGAGGAAGCCAAAGAGAGGAGCGUUUAGAGAUCCUCACUAAAAGAAUUGAAGAUGCAGGGUUGCCUCUUGAGCCUUAUGAAUGGUACCUAGAUCUCCGACGUUUUGGCACCGUCAAGCACAGUGGAUUUGGCUUGGGUUUUGAACGCAUGAUUCUUUUUGCCACUGGGAUAGACAACAUCAGAGAUGUUAUACCUUUUCCAAGAUAUCCAGGAAGGGCUGAUCUUUGAUUAUCCCACUGUCUUCUCUUACUGUGCUCACGGGCUUUGUCUUGAAACUUCUGGCUGUUGUUUAUUGAAAACAUCAAAACGUACUCCUGGAAAUAAUGGGACUCUGCAACUUGCACCACAAGCUACUGUUCCGUCCAACCCAAACUGAACCAAACUGUUAUAUUUAUCAAUUCAUUUAGUUUGAUUCUGAUUUUGAUGAUGCAAACUGUAUUUAGUCGAAUAGAACGUGCCAAGUAGUUAAACUAUAACGAGCAUGAGGAGUAUUGGCUUGAUCAAUCUUAUU